AUGAAAAAUUGUUUGGAAUUGGUUCCCCAGGUGAUUGAUGAUGAUGAUGAUGUGGUUUUGAUGAAUCCAGAUCCUCCACCCUGUCAGGGAACAAAAGAUGGCAAUUCUGUGUGCGAAAACCCAGACAAGAGUGCUCCAGAAAAGAGCCCUGGUGAUGAUGCAAACUCUCCCCCCCAUCAGGAAGGAGAACCUUACAAAUCUGUUUGUAACAACCAUGAAAAGAGUGGCCCAGAAACAACAAAAUCCCUGAGCCGUGUUGAUGUUAAUAAGGCAAAUCCUCCAUCCUAUCAGGAACGAGAACCUAAUAAAUCUGUGCCUAACUACUCUGAAAAGGUAACCUUAACGACUCUAAUCUUUGCAACCCCUCUCGUUUUGGGACUACCUUGACAUGGUUAGUGGGCUUUUGAACCCCAGAAUUAGUUCCCAUGUUUGAGUCCAAGAGUCUCCUAUAUUUUGAUGUAUUUAUUUAGGAGUAAUAUUUUGGAAUUUUCCUAUUUCUGUAAAAAUUUAUCGGACCUGACAAAUAGGAAAAGAUAUACAGUGG